AUGGCCAGCAUGGCCGUGCAGCUCCUGGGCUUCCUGCUCAGCUUCCUGGGCCUGGUGGGCACGCUGAUCACCACCGUCCUGCCGCACUGGCGCAGGACGGCGCACGUGGGCACCAACAUCCUGACGGCCGUGUCCUACCUGAAGGGGCUCUGGAUGGAGUGCGUGUGGCACAGCACCGGCAUCUACCAGUGCCAGAUCUACCGGUCCCUGCUGGCACUGCCACGUGACCUGCAGGCUGCCCGGGCGCUCAUGGUCAUCUCCUGCCUGCUCUCGGGCAUCGCCUGCGCCUGCGCUGUCAUCGGCAUGAAGUGCACACGGUGCGCCAAGGGCACACCUGCCAAGACCACCUUUGCCAUCCUUGGGGGCGCCCUCUUCAUCCUGGCCGGCCUCCUCUGCAUGGUGGCUGUGUCCUGGACCACCAACGACGUGGUGGCAAACUUCUACAACCCACUGCUGCCCAGCGGCAUGAAGUUCGAGAUCGGCCAGGCCCUGUACCUGGGCUUCAUCUCCUCGUCCCUCUCGCUCAUUGGUGGCACGCUGCUCUGCCUGUCCUGCCAGGAUGACGCACCCUACAGGCCCUACCCGGCCCAGCCCAGGGGUGCCACGGCCACUGCGGCCACCGCACCUGCCGCGCCUGCCUACCAGCCGCCGGCUGCUUACAAGGACAACCGGGCCCCCUCGGUGACCUCAGCCUCGCACAGCGGGUACAGACUGAAUGACUAUGUGUGAGUCCCCAGGGCCUGUUGCUCCCUGAGGGCCACUUCAGGGCUGCUGGGCCCCUGAGAGACUUGAUUGAUGCAGGGGUCCGGCACACAGUUUACUUCUAUUUUUGUAUCCAAGGAAAUAAUGUGAACGGGGGAAAUCUUCUUAGGACACAGGGAAGGAGGGGGAAAUAAGAAGAGGAUAAAGCUCUAUAUACCAAAGACUCAAAAAAAGUGCUUUCUGUUUUUGUAUUUAUUACACGUAUUUAUGUGGGUGACUUAAUAGCAGCUUAUGAACAGUAACUCGGGAGUUUGGUCAGCAGGGUUCGUUUGUGAUACAGGAAUAAACCUUUUGGACGUGGUUGCUUA